AUGCUGGCCCUGAAACAUUUGGUGUUCUCUCUAAGCAUUUCUGCGGCGUGCGCCGAGGUAGAGUUUCAAAGUUGGGACAGACCACCGGACAACAAUCCUGACCUGAACAGGAAGGACCUUGGAGCGAUGCAAGAUGCGUGGAAGACAAUCAAGUUCACGGCGAACAAGAGCUAUUAUCUAAUGUAUAGUAGCGGGUGGGGGACCAAAGAACAUUACGAUGAUGUGAGGUGCCUCCAAGUGCAUUCAAGUGACUUCAAUAACACAUUAAAGAGUGCCAAAUACACAUCCAAAUGGUACAACAUAACGUCUAAACAAAUGGAAUCAAGUACGCAGUAUGUUCAAGCUGUGCAACAAAAAGAUUAUAGUAUUGAAAAUAUUAUGCAUCUUGGUGAGCCUCAACGUAAAGCCACAUCAACGAAUGGUACCUGCUACAAUCUCAAUUUCAACUUCCUCUGUGAAUCAGGCGGCUGCCGCAUACCUCAUCAGGAAUGUUGGCGACCACGCUGGACUAAAUAUUCAGAAAAAUACGUGUUAUUCAGCACUCCCUUGUGCUACAUAGUGAGAUCCCUACAAGAUGAGGAGGACUAUGAAUCUUGUGAAUUCUGGCUGAGUGAAGAUUGGUUGAAGGAAAAUCUGACGAUUCCUCAAGUCGUUACAAUCGUAAAAGAAGAAGAAAGCGAGGAAAACGAGGAAAGCGGGGACAAUGUGAAUAAAACUACAUACUUGUAUGAUUACUUAUUUAAGGCACUUCCGUCCAGCUGUCGAUACGCAUUUCUCCUCAGCUGCGGAUAUCCGAAAUACCGAAUUUAUGACAAGGAAGACUGCGACAAGAUAAAUGAAACAGAAAAUGCUGCCUCACGCGGCACAAAUGGAAGAUAUUAGCAGAAUCAAUUCUGCAAAUACGCUUCCCGCCUUUGUAUUGGACCCCGUACUCCAACCAUCAACAUCGUGUCUUUCGAGGUUGUUUUUGGUUUCUCCACGAAUGUGAACCAGUACAGUAUCUAAGAC